AUGGAGCCUUGUCCGCUUCAUGGACCAUCUCGAGAGCUAAGCUCAAUACGAGAGUGUGACUCUGCCUUCAUCCUCUUUGCCCUGGCCCGUCUCUUUCGUUUACGAGCCUUCAAAAGCGCACAAAUCCUUUUUCUUUUUUGCUUUCUUCUUCCUCUCUUCGUUAUCUUGCGUUGGCUUUGUACUUUUUCCCUUGUAUAUAUAUUGCGGUUCAAAAUGGCGGUGGUUACGACACAGAGUUCUGGCGAGGCUGAGGUCUCAAAUUGCGUGCAGAACAUCAUUCUUGCCUUUACCGACGGUCUCAAUGUUUUCAAAAGACUGAAAGAGAGAAGCAAAAGGAAGAAAAGUAAACAGAAUGCCUCCAAACCUGAAGACGUGCCCUCGGAAGCGGAAUUGCAAUUGAGUACAAGCCUGAGGAGAGGGCCAGUGGAGCUGAGAGAUAGAUAUGAGAGGUGCUACGGGGAGAAAGGAGAGGCGUUUGCGAAAGGUGACGCAACUGCCCAUGCAAGUCUCGCUGAGACAUUGAUCAAACUAAACACAGGCUUGGUCCGCAUCAUCGCAACCUUCUUGAAUUGCAACUCCAAAAGCAGCAGUUUACACCUAGACUAUAAAUCUCUCAUCAGCCUAUCCGAUGCCUCGCGCAGAGAAGCAAUGGAGUCGCUAAACCAAUUACACAGCCGGUUAAGCCAGUCACAGCUCCACAUUCAUCGCAUGUCCUCUUCCAAAUCUGAACAAACUGAUAAAAAACGACACGCGGCAUCAUCACCAUCAUCCCGUCAAAGAAUCAACGGGCCCAUCGUUGCCCGCGCCUCCGUGAAGAACUCCAACCAAAAGCAACUUGUGAUGGUGCGACCCAAGCAUACAAGAAAAGGUUCAACCACAUCGAGUAGUUCUAGUUCAAUGAAAUCACCCCACUCUACCACGGUGAAUUCAUCCAUCUCUUCUUCGCCGUCUGGCUCAGCAAUGGGAUCACCACUCCCUCAAUACUCACCCAAAGAUCCCUUCCCACCCAUGCAAAAGACACCCCCGAAGAUGAACAGUGGUGGCAAGCGAAAAGGCGUACCAUCAACCCCCCACCAACGUCCUACAAAAGUACAGCCUCACCCGAAACUCGACGAACUCUCCCCUCUCCCAUCACCGCAACACACGCCUUCUUCUCCUUCGUACAACGAAAAGCACAUCCCUUCGUCAUCGCCUCCAUCAAUAGUACCCCUCAACGCCGCCAUCGCAAGACGCAGACUCGAUAAACUCACACCCUCUUCAUACACGUUCGCGUCUGAUAGCACAAAGCUAGGCGAGAUCCCACAGCGGAAUUGGACUGUGCCCUGGGACUAUGAAGGUGCGGAGAGACUCAAUGCUGCUGCGGCCCAGGCUGGGUAUUAUCCUGUGCCUACUGCUGCUGCUGGACGGGAUAAGAAGCAGAAGAAAGGGUUGUUCAAGUUCAUGAGGAGGGGAAGUGCGGUGGCUGUGUAGGGUGUGUGUGUGUGUGAUGUGAUGAUGAGGUAUAUGGAGUCCUGUCUUUGCGUUGAUCUUGUUUUUUUAUUCCUGUUUCGUUAUGUUUUGCUCUUGUUCCCUUUUUUCUUGGUUUUCAGCUCUGUUUUUGUGUGCGAUUGAUGUUCACGACCUUACGUUUCACGACUCACGAGUUUCUUUUUCCUUGUCACGAGGAUUAUACCCUUUGUUUC